ACGGCAGCCCCGCCCCCGGCGGCGGCGGGCGGCGCUGCGGUUGGACGGCGGCGCUGCCGCUCAGCGCGGGGUCGGGGGUCAGAGUGCGGGCGUUUCAGAUGCCUCUGGAUGUUCAAUGAUAGCACUUCUCCAUACUGGAGCAGCAAAGUUCCCCCAGAACUUACUUUCAAGGUCAAGACAAGCUGUGUCCCUCCUCUUCCCAGCUGGUGUUCUCAAAGGGUUCAGCUCCAUCCUAAGCAGGAAACUGGCGUCCCACGGCUUUGGAGCUUCCAUGGCAGCAAUGUCAUCCUUCCCUCCACAGAGAUAUCACUACUUCUUAGUGCUGGAUUUUGAGGCUACAUGUGAUAAGCCGCAGAUUCAUCCUCAGGAAAUCAUCGAAUUCCCUAUCCUGAAGCUGAAUGGCAGGACGAUGGAGAUCGAAUCCACCUUUCACAUGUAUGUUCAGCCUGUGGUGCAUCCCCAGCUUACGCCCUUCUGUACAGAGCUGACUGGGAUUAUUCAAGGCAUGGUGGAUGGGCAGCCGAGCCUCCAGCAAGUGCUUGAGAGGGUUGACGAGUGGAUGGCAAAGGAAGGCCUCUUAGAUCCCAGCGUCAAGUCGAUUUUUGUGACCUGUGGAGACUGGGAUUUGAAAGUGAUGUUACCAGGACAAUGCCAGUACUUAGGGCUGCCAGUUGCUGAUUACUUCAAACAGUGGAUUAAUCUGAAAAAGGCGUACAGCUUUGCCAUGGGGAGUUGGCCAAAGAACGGGCUCUUAGACAUGAACAAAGGACUGAACCUACAGCACAUAGGGAGGCCUCACAGCGGGAUAGACGACUGCAAGAACAUUGCCAACAUCAUGAAGACACUGGCCCAUAGAGGCUUCAUCUUCAAGCAGACCUCCAAACCUUUUUGAUCCCCGAGGCAAGCCAGGCAAGGGCUGCAUGCGCCCGGUGCCGGCGAGGCGGGGAGGAUGGGCUCCAGCAUUAAAAAAAACGGCAACCGAGGCCAGAGGAACCGACACAAAAAAAAUCUCAAUUUCAGCUGUUAACUCCAGUAGAGGUUGUAUAUAUGGGAAGGCAAAUCUGUGUAGACCUGAUGUGACUCCCUCUCUGGGCUGCUCCGGACAUUAUGCCAUGCUAGCGGACAGCCGCGUAGGGCGCUUGCACCACAUUUUAGACUUGUAGUUCGUUCUUUUUCUUUGGCUCCUGAUUUCCGUCCCUCCUUCCAUAUCCCGCCCCGUCCUCCCUCUCCCACCCCGUAGCCAGAGCAUCCCCCAUCUCCACCCUGGCAUGGGCCAUACCCACCUUCCCUUCUUCUUUCUCUUCUCUGGUUUUAUGUUUUCAGGCCUCAACGGCUGCUGCAGCGAUGCUGGUGUGUGCCUGCACUCGGGCAGCACUCACGGAGGCUCAGCGUGUCCAGACGGCCCCUCGCCCUCCCCGCCAGCUCCCCCCACCUCUCCCCUGAGCGCCUUUUCCCCUUUUUGAGUCAACACUAACCCCUCUCUGACUCCUGUAUGUGACAAACGCGAUCCGUCUCUUUAUGUUCAAGGUGAAGUGCCUGUAUUCUCCGCUGCAGAGCCCCUGGCAGCCCCACCCCGGGCUGCAGGGCCCCGGAGGGCUCCCUUCAGUGAGGCAGGGGCCCAGCGGACAGGCGGGCGGCAGGAGGGAGGUGACAGUGUCCGCAUGGAGCCCCGUCCCGUCCCCGUUCCGUCUGCUUGUGCCUCUUGCGGGGCUGGGCGGGAUGCCCGGCCCUGCCUCGUCCCCGCCGAUCAAUUCCAGCUCUGUGGGGGACAGGCCCGCCACAGCACCGUGUCCGUGUCCGGUGGUGGACGUGCCAGCGCGCGCUGGCCCCCGGCCCACAGGUACCUGAGCGGGGGAGCUGCAAAUUGCCCCAGGCCCCUGAGCGUGCUCCCCGCCAACCUCCCUCGGUUCCGAGCUGAGGCUCAGCCCCCCACGUGCCCACGUGCUGUGCCCCUCACAGGUCCCGUGGACGCUCAGCAGCAGCUGGCUUGUUGCCUGAGAGAGUUGCCGAGCACAUCCCCUCCGGCUGGGUGGGCUCCCGGCUGGCCAGGGCGGUUGGGGGGAGCCAUGGGGUGGGCCGAGGGCGCACGUCCUCUCAGUGUCACCCAGCCCCAGGGCCCUGCUGAAUGGAGCCCUCGUCCGGGCACUGACCUGCAGGGAGGCUGCAGCCCCAGGCCCGUGCGUGCAUGGCCUGGAGCGAAGCCGGUGACGGCAGCCAGAAGGGCAAUACAGGCACUGAACUUGGCGGUACAUGACUGCAUGGUGUGUGGUGUUCCAGUUAAACCAACCGAUAAUGCAACCCCAGCAUUUUCAUUGUCUAGUUAUUCCAAUCCUUGCUGUAAAUGUGCCACAUGAAUAAAGUUUGGGGGUAAAGGA